CCUGACUAGACACCGAACUCAAUAAUGGUUAAAACAUCCGAACUCCACGUUACGAAACUCUUUUCUGUCAAGGGCUACGUCUGUGUAGUUACCGGAGGCGGGUCAGGCAUCGGCUUGAUGUCUGCGCAGGCUUUGGCUGCAAAUGGCGCUAAGGUGUAUAUUACGGGACGACGAACUGAAGCUCUUGAAAAGGCCGCAAAGUCUCACGAUCCUGGAGAGGGUGGCAAGAUCAUCCCAUUCGGGCCUUGUGACGUAACUAAAAAAUAUGAUCUUGAGAAGUUGUAUGGCGAAAUUGCUUCAAAGGAGAGAUACAUCAACCUCCUAAUAUGCGCUGCUGGCAUCUCUGGCACCAAGGCUGAGCCAGAUCAAGAAUCAGCUUCAUCUCUGAAAGAGAAGCUCUGGAAAAAUGAGACCUUUGAGCAAUGGAACGAGACGUACAAGACCGACGUCACUUCCGUGUAUUUCACCACCGUCGCUCUACUUCCACUUCUUCAGGCCGGUACCAAGACUCAAGGACACCUAUCUGCUUCCGUGAUAGUUAUCUCGAGUAUGUCGGGCAUCAUGCGCCACGCACAGGGCCAUUUCUCAUACAAUGCCGCAAAGGGGGGAACCGUACAUCUGACGAAGCUCAUGUCGGCUGAGUUCCAGAAAGUCCGCGUCCGCGUCAACAGCAUUGCACCAGGCUACUUCCCGAGCGAGAUGACGACAAAGGAGAGCGGCGAUGAUAUGAAGAGUAAACUUCCAGACGAGAAGGUGCAAGAAAAGGGGCAUGUACCAAUGGGGAGGGCAGGGAGUGAUGAGGAGAUGGCGCAGGCGGUUCUCUUCUUAGCAAAAAAUGCGUAUGUGAAUGGUGAGAUUAUUGCGGUCGAUGGCGGCGUAUUAAAUGUCGUAGCUGGGAGAUAGAUGAGAUGUGAUAGUAGUGUUUGAAAGGCCACUUAGAAAGUGACGGCCUAGGGUUCAAGGGCAGUCAAACUGGAUGACCGGGUGAAUAG